CUAUUCUCAACUUUGUUUCUGCCUGGAUUUUUUCGCCCACUUCUAUUUUUUCUCCCCUUUUUAGGUAGGAUCUGUUUUAUAUAUUUUGUAUAAUUAAUUUAUACUUAUUUGUCUUUCUGUUGUACUGAUGAAGGCAUGUGCCGAAACGUAUACUUUUGUAUUCCGUAAAAUUAAUAUUAAAGCUUACCUUAUACUUAUAUUGGGCUAAUUAUGAUAUUAUUACCCAUGACGUCAUUUGCUUAUUUAUUUAAAAUUUGUGCAAGGAAAGGCAGGAGUCAUUCCCCUUUGUUGAUAUUGUUGUUAAUUUUAUUGGAUGAAGUGUCGGAAGUGGUGGCGGCGAAGGAAUAUUUUAAUAACCGGUUGGAACAAGAUUUCGUGUGAAUAAUUAACGAAGAUUCAAAGAAAAGUUAAAUUUUGUGGUUUUAAAACUGAAAUUUUAUGUUUUUGGAAUUCAUGCAGAGAGUGUGGAAUUGUCAGAAUGUUAGAAAUAUUGAUGAAAAAUAGAGAAAUUAAUUUUCGUAUAUGGUACUUGAAAAUCAUGCGGAUCUAGAAAGGUGUGAUUAAAUAUUACGUCACUGUCGUCUUAUUGUGCUCCGGUGUCCGGCGGUAAGUUCAAAAUAUCCAAAAUUGUCAUGGGGAGGAGCAGUUCGACUCAUAUCUAUAUGAAUAUAUGUGGCGACGCUCGUGUGGCACUAAAGAUCAAAUGAGGGAAUUUUUAAAUGUCAUAAAAAUUGUGUAUCCGCCCCAUUUACGAGAUCUUGCUUCGUAAAGAGUGAGUAAAAUAACGAAUUAUCAUUUGAAAAUUUCAUUGUUUUUUGUAGCUUUUUAAAAUCGUCCAUUACCAUGCAUUUCUGAAUUUUAGGGUUAAGGUUAGGGUUUAGGGUUUAUUGUUAGGGUUAGGUUUAGGGUUAGGGUUAGGUUUAGGGUUAGGUUUAGGGUUAGGUUUAGGGUUAGGUUUAGGGUUAGGGUCAGGGUCAGGGUUAGGUUUAGGUUUAGGGUUAGGUUUAGGGUCAGGGUUAGGUUUAGGGUUAGGUUUAGGGUUAGGUUUAGGGUCAGGGUUAGGGUUAGGUUUAGGGUCAGGGUUAGGUUUAGGGUUAGGUUUAGGGUUAGGGUUAGGGUCAGGGUUAGGGUUAGGUUUAGUGUCAGGGUUAGGUUUAGGGUUAGGUUUAGGGUCAGGUUUAGGGUUAGGUUUAGGGUUAGGUUUAGGGUCAGGGUUAGGUUUAGGGUUAGGUUUAGGGAUAGGGUUAGGUUUAGGGUUUAGGAUCCAGGUUAGGGAUUUGCGCCAUCAAAUUUUUGCUCAUUUUUCAAAAAUUUCAAAAAAAAAAAAAUUCAAAUUUUACUCGUUUUUUACAUUUUUUUUUUAAAAUCAUUUUUCUUAAAUUUCAAAAUUUAAUAGUUUUUUACAAUUUUUUUAAAAUUUCAAAACCAAAUUUUUCGUUGAUUUUUUAUUUUUUUCGGAAAAAUUUUUUUUCUUCCAUUUCUUUACAUUUUACAUUUUCUUUAAAAUGUUUUUCACAGAUUACUAUAUAUUUGUGUGUUUUCCUAUCUUGAAAAUUAAAUUUUCUUGUAAUAUUGCUUAUUUUCGAUCUUUCGGUAAGUUUUUUGAUAAAACGCAUUCUCCCCAACCGUUCCCUUUUUGUACAAUACGUGUCUUUGCACUACUUGUUUUUUUGGGUCGGCCGCCAUCUUGGUUGACAUGAUCCGUGACCUUCUCACGGAUCAUGUCAACAAAGAUGGCGGCCAUGCUUGGGAAACCCCGGGUACCACUCUCAUAAUUUACCUUAUAUUGUUAUAUUGAGACAAAUUGUUCACGUCUAUUUAAUCUAGAAUAACACACGCUUAUCCCUCCUCUAUGCUCUCUGAAUCUACUUUUAUAUCUAUUGCUUCGGUAGAACCGACGCUUCUGGAAACGCCUUACCCCUUGUUUAUUUUUCCCGUUCACUCCCGAACUUUCCACAAAAUUCUAUUAGAAAAUAUUAAUUAGUUUUAGUCGGUAGUGGUAAGCAAGAUCAAAGGAAAUACGCAACGUCCCAUACGAACGCAGCCUCAUUUGGGGUGAGAAAGAGUUCACGGCAUGGGAAAAGAGAUGUAAACACGUCUUCUACAUAACAGUCAAGUCUUUCUCUUCUAGCUCUGGCUAAAUUGGUAACACCACCCUUACAACAAAAGCCGGAUAUUUCCUAGAGUUUGAAAAGAAUUUGUUUGAAAAAAAAAAGGAUAGCCCUCCUUAUCCCAUAUCUCUUUUUGUUAUACUUAUUUGCACAUAAAAUACAGGCAUUGGCAAUACACAGGACGACUUUCAAAUAAAAAGUAAUGUCAGAUGGUUUUAAGCACUCUACCCUUAACACCAUCUAUUCCCUUUUCUUCCUGCACCAUCGAAUUUUUGUGAUUCAUUAACAUAUUUUAAGCUUCAAAUCACACGAUAUUAUUACUCUCCUGAACUCUACUGAUAGCGUAGAUAUAAUUUUGAUUGUAUUGACAUCGCAGAUGCACAGACUUUUUAUUGGAUCGGUGCCAACGAUAUCGCUCUGGAACAAAACUGGGUUUGGGAAGACGACAAAUCUGUUGCCACAGAGCUGUCCUUGUUGUGGUAUACGGCGGCGAACCAACCAACCAACGUCGUGGACGAGGACUGUGCCCUCAUAUAUUUGCCGUCUGCUGGCCCGGAGUCCGUUUUCGAUGACCAAUGUAACGCCAAAAGGGCUUUUCUUUGUAUGGUGAAAGGUGCGUCAUUUAAACACAAAUUCAAUUUGGGUUUUGAUGGUUCAAUUUUAUACGUAAGGUAAAAUGCGAAAUAAAUCCAGCUCAAAGUUUACAUAAUAUCAGUUACAACAUUGAAACUAUUUUAAGUACAUACAAUUUGAUUUGCAAACGAAUGAGUCCGGCAUACGAGUCUAAUCAGCCAUUUUCCACGCUAUUUAUUGAACUUACAAUUUACAGAUACACGUUAAAAGUAACGAAAUCAAGCCCAAAAUUACAACAACAAACAACAAACACUAAUGUAAUCUGCAUUUAUAAAACACUAACUUGUCGUUAGCAUUAAUAGACCUGAAAAAUACAAGUAUGCAAAUGAUAAGUAAAGACGAAAAAAUAGAAUAACGUAAAAUAUUUCUGAUGAAAUAAAAGGGUUUCCUUUUAACUAGGAAGACGUUUCUGUUAAACGUUGUAUGGCUCUUGACGUUGUAUGGCUCUUAACGUUGUAUAGCUCUUAGCGUUGUAUGGCUCUUAGCAUUGUAUGGCUCUUCAAGUUGUUUGGCUCUUCACAUUGUAUUGCUCUUAGCAUUGUAUGGCUCUUAGCAUUGUAUGGCUCUUCAAGUUGUAUGGCUCUUCAAGUUGUAUGGCUCUUAGCAUUGUAUGGCUCUUCAAGUUGUAUGGCUCUUCAAAUUUGUAUGGCUCUUCACAUUGUAUGACUCUUAGCAUUGUAUGGCUCUUAACAUUGUAUAGCUCUUAACGUUGUAUGGCUCUUAACAUUGUAUGGCUCUUCAAAUUGUAUGUCUCUUCAAAUUGUAUGGCUCUUCACAUUGUAUGGCUCUUAGCAUGGUAUGGCUCUUCACGUUGUAUUACUUUUAACAUUGUAUGACUUUUCACAUACUGUGGCUUUUCGCGAUGUAUUACGAAAAUAUUUUGAUUAGGGGUGUGCCGGAUCCGUUUUUUCCAACCGGAUCCGGAUUUUCUUAUGCGAAAUCCGCCGGAUCCGGAUUCCGGUUUCUCCCGGAUUCCGGAUUUUGGUACUAUUGGUAGAUACUUCGGUAAGUCAAGGUGGACUACUACUUUUUGUGUAUGGGAAUUCGCAAUCGGCGCCAAAAAAUCCGAGUUUUUAAUUUUCCGAUGUGUGUGUCUAUUUAUUAUUAAAUUAGUACUUUCGAUAUAUAUUUGAGUUCCGUUCCAUUUGGAUAAGUGUCUUACGAGAGACGCCAUGUUUCUACGCGUUCGCAGCAGGUUAUGCAGCUCGCUCAACCUAAUUUCGCCAUGGGGUUGGCCACGCCCCCCUUUUUAAUGGCGGAAGUUGACGAUACUUAGGAAAUAUUAAUUUAUUAUCACUAUUUACAUCAAAAUAAUUGAUAACUUGUGUUUCAGAAUGCAUUUAAAGACAUUUAAACUGGAAUGUUUUAAUUUGAGCUUUAACAACCCGGUAGAAUCCAUAUUAUAAAUGAUCAGAAUUUACCGUGUGCAACACGUUGUCAUUGGCAACCAUUCACAGCCACUUGCAUAACUGUAUCGUAGUACUACCUCAGAGUUUCAUUCAUAAGAGUUUGCCGUGUGCAAAAACUAUUAAACCAUUGGUCAGGGAAAGCUUUAAUUAAUUAUUCAUGUGCCAAAGUUGAAAGUUUAAACUAAGUCUAAACAGUAUUUUAGUGAUAAGGCAGGGAAUGCGUUGCCUUAUAUAAACUAUAUAGUCAUUGCGCAUGACGGGAUUGGUGGAAUGAGAUCACAGAAUGUGGAGAUGCAGUCCAUGUUAAAAAAUGACAAACCAAGUCGUACUUUAAAAAUUCAUAACUUUAAAACUACAACAGCUAAAAAUAUGAUUUUGGUGUUAUAAUUCUUUAAAAAAUUACAUCUUUUCAACUAUGCCAUUGGUUUAUUUUUACAAAAAGUUUAAAUUUUCUUAUCAAAGUCCCUACACUAUUGGCCACUAUUAGCGGUGCUGACUCUAGCCUCUGGUAUGUACGGAAUAUUAAACAUUAAACAAGCUCAACGCUCGAAACAAUCGAUUAAUGUAUCGUGAUCGUGUGGAAUUCGGGAAAGAGAAUUACUUUUAUUUCAGAUUAUGAUCCGGUGAGUCACAAAAUCUGGCAAAUUCCGAAAUCCGGUAUAUUCCGGAUUCCGGAAUCCGGUUGUUCCGGAUACAUGUAAAUCCGGCGGAACCGGAUUUCACCGGAUAGUGCAAAAUCCGGCGGAACAGGAUUCCGGACCGGGGUCCGGCACACCCCUAAUUUUGAUACGUAAAAACAUUUCAGUUUCUGAGUUUAAAACGUAACAACUAUUUUGAUCUAUUCCACAGAUCUGACCACAACUCAGGAUCCAACAAUAACUCCGGAUUCGAAUACAACUCCGGAUUCGACUACCAAUGCGAUCUUAACUUCAACCGCAAAUAUUCAGAGAACUACUUUGAUGAAAUGUGGUGCAAAUUCCAUUUACUUCAACGUUGCAUUGUUUUUAAAUUUGUUCGUGUUGAUUUAUGUAGUAAUUUGAAUGUAGUCGUUGCUUCAACCAUUUCUCCAUUUUUAUGCUCUUCAGAACCUCACUUUUUGAUUUUGGCAGAAAUUUAAAGAAAAAAUAAUAAGUAUGGGCGCUUUUAGUUUGUUUACGUUUAAUUAUGUGGCAAGUUGAAAUUUUUUGCAUCAUGUGGAAAUAAUGAAAACAAAACUACAAAAAUAAAUAUUAAAAGUUUGAAUUUUAGCCAUUUUUUAUUCUCUUUAAAAUUUAUUAAUUAAUGAGGGAAAUGUAAACUUUUAAAAGUUAUCUUAAUUGUUUUAUUUACAUAUUUUUUAAAUUUAUUAUUAUUAUUUUUUUAUUUUAUUUUCAGUCUCUAAUCAAAGAAAGAAUAGAUAUUUUUACAUUUCUUAAACGGAUUUGGCUCCAGAAUAUGUCAACAUUAUAUUCGAUUUUCAAAGUUAAGAUUGAUUUUUUUUUCAAAUCUUUAUUCACAAUUAUUUCUUUUAUUCCUCUUAUACAGUAAGUUUCACGCACUACACAUUUCUUAAUAUUAUAUCAUACUCCAUGUUGUAUUUCUAAAAAAACAAUUGUAUGGAUUUGAAAAUUAUCUUUAAUAUUAAAUAAAGCAUUAAUUACUUUACUAUAAAAUAAUUAAUGUCCAGAAAGGGUUUUGAAACCUUAAAACUCGCACUGCAAAUUUAAUUUAAGAACCAUUCGUGCCUUAAUUGAUGACAUGACUUCAUUGAUGAAGUGAUCUAAUUAAUGGAAUGACUUAAUUUAUGGCAUGACUAAAUUAAUGGCAUGACUAAAUUGAUGGUAUGACUUAAUUGAUGGCCCCUCUUAAUUAAUGAAAUGAUUUAAUUGAUGCCAUGACUUAUUUGAUGACAUUACUUAAUUAAUGAUAUGACUUUAUUCAUUUUUAUGACUUAAUGUAUGCCAUGACCUUUUUUGAGAUUUUAAACCUGCUGUUGGGUACAUCAUUUGAUUUUUAUUUAUUUUUUCAGUUUGAUUGCUAAACGAUAAAUUAUUUUUUACUGAAUUCUUUUACUUUUAUGUAUCCGUGCUCAUUUAUUAAACAUGGGUUCUCCUUGUAGUGACUAACAAAUGAACCACAGAGCAAAUCCUUUGGAUCUCCAAAUUCAUUUCUUUGUGUAGGCCUUUUUGAAAGCUUUCAACCUUAAACUAGAUGAUAUGUAAUUAACCUAAAUCGUUCCUUCCUAUAAUUCAACAUCAUGACCGUAAAUAAGAACAUAUAAAGACCUUUUUUUUUUCAGCAUUCAUAUCCUUAUUUCAUUUCAAAUUAACAUUUUUUUAAACAAAGCCGUCUCAUACUUUUAAAAUGAGAAUUAUUUUUUUGUAACUGUAUUAAUUUCGAUCACAUUUGAGAGAUAAUUGCUUUGUGCUGUAUUAGUAUAAUUUCUUUGAGUAAUUUACUUUACUUUUUCUUGGGUUAGAG